AUGUCUGCCAACCUGGACAAGUCUCUUGAUGACCUGGUCGGCUCCCGUCGCCAGGCUCGUCGCCGCACCAACCGCCGCGUUACCUCUAAAGCUUCCACCGGGGGCGUGAAGAAGUCUGCUAAGGCACCCAAGGCCGCUGCCAAGGUGGUCCACCAAACCCCCGUAGCUGCCGCUACUUCCAACAAGAUCUACGUCAGUGGACUGCCUGUCGAUGUUACGGAGGCCAAUAUCAAGGAGUACUUCACCAAGUCUGCCGGCUCUGUUAAGAAGGUCACGCUUGCCUACACCCAGAAUGGCACCAGCCGCGGCCAGGCUCACAUCGUCUUCAGCAAGCCCGGCACUGCCGCUAAGGCUGCUAAGGAAUUGAACGGUCUCCUGGUUGACGGCCGCCCCAUGAAGAUUGAAGUUGUUUACGAUGCUUCUCACGCACCCGCGGUCGCCGCCCCUAAGCCUCUUACCGAGCGUAUCGCGCCGUCCAAGGCCCAGGCCAAGGACAAGCCCAAGCCCGCCACUGCUAAGAAGGCUGCCACCAAUGACGGCGGUAACAAGCGCAAUGCUGCUGGUCGUCCAGCCCGUGGUCGCAAGGGCCAGGGCCGCAACGCCGGUCGCUCUCACAAGACCGUUGAAGAGCUUGACGCCGAGAUGGCCGACUACUUCGAAACCAAUGCCUCCACCGAAGCCAACGCUGCUCCCGCCGGUGCUGUGCAGCAAGCCAAUGGCAACGAGGACCUUGGCAUGGCCGAGAUUUCUGUAUGUAUCCCCUCGUCGUAUCCCGGCGUGCCUACCUUCACCCUAACAGUCAUCCAGUAA